GUAAACAAAGACAAGGUGAAGCAGCUGAUGAGGGAUAUCGGAAAAGAGAUUUACCACCUGAACAUGGCUGGGUGCUACUGGCUGCCCAGCUCCUCUAUUGAUCAUAUAAGACGAUGCAAGAACCUGGUAAAACUGAACUUGUCUGGGUGCCACAUCACCUCUCUCCAUCUCUCAAAGACACUGUCCAUGCUCCAGCACCUGCGCUCCCUGGCAAUAGAUGUCAAUCCAGGUUUCGAUGCCGGUCAACUAAGCAGUGAGUGUAAAGCCACUCUUAGCCGUGUCUUGGAACUGAAGCAAACCCUUUACACUCCAUCGUAUGGUGUUGUUCCGUGCUGCACUAGCCUUGAGAAACUACUGCUUUAUUUUGAGAUCCUUGAUCACUCGCGGGAAGGUUUUAUGCUUUCUGGGCAACUAAUGGUAGGUGAGAGCAAUGUCCCCCAUUACCAGAACCUUCGUGUCUUCUACGCUAGGCUGGCUCCUGGCUAUGUUAAUCAGGAGGUGGUGAGGCUGUACUUGGCUGUGCUGAGUGAUCGAACUCCUGAGAACCUUCAUGCCUUCCUCAUUUCUGCCCCUGGUAGUUUUGCAGAGACAGGAGCCACUAAAAACCUUCUGGAUUCCAUGGCUCGAAACGUACGUCUGGAUGCUUUGCAAUUGCCCAAAGCCUGGAUUAAUGGCUCUGGCCUCCUGCAGCACUUGAAGUUCAACAACCCUUUCUACUUCAGCUUUAGCCGAUGCACCUUAUCUGGUGGUCAGUUGAUCCAGAGGGUUAUGAAUGGUGGGAAGGAUCUUAAAAGCUUGACCAGUCUGAAUCUCAGUGGCUGUAUUCAUUGUCUGGCUCCGGAAUCCUUGUUUCGAAAAGCAGAAGAUGACAUUGACAGUAGCAUUCUGGAAAGUCUGGUAGUGUCUUGCUGCAACUUGAGACACCUCAACCUCUCUGCAGCUCACCAUCACAGCUCAAAAAAUAUAGGGAAUCAUUUGUGCCAACUUCUGGCCAGACUAAAGCACCUACUCUCAUUAGCACUACCAGUCUGCUCCAUCACAGAUGUUGCUGCGAACAUGGAAAAGCCUCCCGUGCAGUCUAAUGUGAUGCCCCAAACAUUGGGAAAGAAAGUCCGUAUCGGGAUACAGACGUAUUCAAAUCAGAAGUCACAGUCUUCAGUAUUCUGGGCUUUGAUGGGAAACCUUCCAUUUUUGCAAAACUUGGAAAUAAUUGGGUCCAGUUUUUCCUCUGCAAUGCCCCGCAACGAGCCAGCAAUUCGGAACUCAUUGCCCCCUUGUGUCCGGGCACAGAGCGUGGGGGAUUCGGAGGUAGCUGCCAUUGGCCAACUGACUUAUUUGCAAAGCCUCACCUUAGCACAGCUGCCAAACAUCCUUACUGGCUCUGGGCUUGUUAGCAUUGGAUUGCAGUGCCAGCACUUGCGGACUCUUUCGUUGGCCAACCUGGGCAUGAUGGGGAACGUGGUCUAUAUGUCUGCUCUCAUGGACAUGUUGAAACACUGCAAGUGUUUGAGAGAUCUCAGGCUAGAACAGCCGUACUUCAGUGCGGGCACCCAGUUCUUCCAGGCACUGAGUCAUUGCUCUUCUCUCCAGCGGCUUUGCAUCGUCUCCCGGAGUGGGACUCUGCAGUCUGACGCAGUGAUGUCAUUCAUGGCCAACUGCCUUGAGGUCAUCAUGUGCCACAUGUUUAUGGGAGAAUCUCUUACCGUUUGCAAAAAUCUUCAGCAGUCUAUUGUCCGGAGUUUCCAGGCAGACCGCCCUGCAUUAAAUGUCGUCAUUUUCCCGCUGCUGCAUGAGGACUUGACAGAGGUCAUCAGAGAUGUCCCCAUGAGGCACUUGGAUGAAAUUACCUUGUUUAAAAGCAGAGUGGCCGAGGAACCUCCCAACCUGUGGUGGUGACUGUCACGGUGUGGAAAGGACAAUUGGAGUGAACACAUGAAAGAGCUUCUCAUUAGCCUGGAUUCCUCAUCUUCAGCCCAUGGACACCUCACUGGAUGCUGUACAAUCACUUUAAUUAGGUGCAAUUACAAAAUAAAAAUGCUGGGCCUUUGCCAUGGGCAAACAUCUACUGGGUAAAACUUGCAUCUGAAAAGCCUAUCUCCAAGGCUUCCGGAGUACAAUGAGUAUUUCCUUGCGGUUAAUAAUGAAUUGCUUUGCUAUUUUACUUAAGUUAAAGGUAAGAGAAACUGACUUAGUGAUGCUCUUUCUGUGUGUUGCCUGGUGUAAGGGCCCCUGUGUACUUUGGCAGUGUGCUUUGUGAUAAUGGUGGAAAUC